UGUAUUAAAUAUAUAGUGUUUUUUCAUAUCGAUUUCUCUUUGAAAAAACUUCACUACCCACAAACCAUCACGGCGACGUAGUAAACCACAGACGUCAAGAUGGUGCUUGAAAGUACUAUGGUCUGUGUGGAUAACAGUGAGUACAUGCGAAAUGGAGACUUUCUGCCCACCAGGCUGCAGGCUCAGCAGGAUGCAGUUAAUAUUGUUUGUCACUCUAAGACCCGCAGCAACCCUGAAAACAACGUGGGCCUCAUCACCAUGGCAAACAACUGUGAGGUGCUGACCACACUAACUCCAGACACAGGCAGAAUACUGUCCAAGCUGCAUGCUGUGCAGCCUCGAGGAAACAUAAGUUUCUGCACCGGCAUCAGGGUAGCACAUUUGGCAUUGAAGCACAGACAGGGGAAAAACCACAAGAUGCGCAUUAUUGCAUUUGUUGGCAGCCCAGUGGAGGACAAUGAAAAAGAACUGGUCAAAAUGGCAAAGCGUCUGAAGAAAGAAAAAGUCAACGUAGAUGUCAUUAACUUUGGAGAGGAGGAGAUGAACACAGAGAAGCUGACGGCCUUCAUCAACACACUGAAUGGCAAAGAGGGAGCAGGCUCCCACCUGGUCACAGUGCCCCCAGGACCCAGUCUGGCUGAUGCCCUACUGUCCUCACCUAUCCUGGCUGGAGAGGGAGGUGCAGUGUUGGGCCUGGGUGCCAGUGACUUUGAGUUUGGAGUGGAUCCCAGUGCAGACCCAGAGCUGGCCUUGGCUCUGCGGGUGUCUAUGGAGGAGCAAAGACAACGACAGGAGGAUGAAGCUCGCAGAGCCGCUGUUGCAUCAGCUGCUGAAGCUGGCAUUUCUUCCCCUGCCGCAGAUGAGUCUGAGGAUGCCCUGUUGAAGAUGUCUGUUCCACAUACAGACUCCUCCACACCUGCUUUACCAGACUUCAGCCGUAUGACAGAGGAUGAACAGAUCGCCUAUGCUCUGCAGAUGUCCAUGCAGGGACCAGGAGCAGAGUUUGGCACUGAGGACAUGGACACUGGAGCUGACGUGGAUUCAAGUGAGGCAAAGGAUGAAGAGGACUACGAUGUUAUGCAGGAUCCCGAGUUCCUUCAGAGUGUCCUGGAAAACCUUCCCGGAGUUGACCCCAACAAUGAGGCCAUCCGUAACGCCAUGGGUUCUCUGGCUUCCCAGACAGGCUCUAAACCUGACACUAAGAAGGAUGAAGAGAAAAAGAAAUAAGAAUUUAAAGAGGAACUGAAUAUAUGAUAAAUAAAAAAGACCUGAGAAUUGCACUUCUUGUGUUAUUCACAGUAACGAUAUUACUCUCGUCAAUACAGAAAAUGUUUUGUUCAUCUUUUGUUUAUGUGGCUGUGUAAACUGUAAACAACUUUUGCCUUUUUUUCAACUUUAGGUUAAAGGACUAUUCGAUUUUAUUUUUUUUGUGUCAAGCACAUAUACUUACAAUUGAACCUUUUGUAAUAUAACUACUCAGCAACAUGGGCAGAUUACAACCAUUAAUAAAUUUACAGAAUACAA